AUGAAUGUGUGGAAUCCAAAGUUGCGUCAAGCUUGGAAGCCUUGCGUCUAUCAAAGUAUUUCUCAGUCAGGAUUCUCAGAACUCCCAAAGUCAAAUGGUUUCCUUAUAAUUGAAGCAAAUGGUGGGUUGAACCAACAACGACUGUCGAUAUGUGAUGUGGUGGCGGUGGCAGGACUACUGAAUGCUACUCUUGUAAUACCAAUAUUUCAUUUCAAUAGUGUUUGGCGCGAUUCCAGCAAGUUCGGGGACAUAUUUGAUGAGGAAUUCUUCAUAUAUGCACUUAGAAAUCAUGUCAACGUGGUUAGAGAGCUUCCAGAAGAUAUACUUCAACGGUUUGACAAUAACAUAAGCAACAUUGUGAAUUUGAGAGUAAAAGCAUGGUCAAGUCCGACUUAUUAUCUUCAAAAGGUCCUCCCGAAGCUGAUGGAGCUGCGGUAUGUGGUUUUUGGUUUUUAG